ACCAAGCAUGUAUUCCCUGAAACUAGUUACCUUUGUGGUGCUUUCCUCCAUCCCCUAUUUCUGUUACGGAGCCAAGAGAGAAGAUUUUGACUUACAGAAAAUGUUUGAAGAUAUGGGCGAAGAAGGGAACAAGAUGAGAGAUGAGUGCUUCACGGAGAAUGAAAUGAGUCUUGCGGAUUUACACGACUAUGAUAAAGCUGAGGACAUCCCGGAAAAAGAACUGUGCUUCUACAAAUGCUUCUUCCAAAAAUCUUACGUUGUUGAUAAGGACGGUAAAGUGAUUAUUGAAAGUAUUAAAGCAAUCGAAGAAGUGAAAGACCUGGAGGAAAGCGACCGUGAAACGUUUACUAAUUGCUUGAAGGAAAUCAAGCCGGUGCUGGAAUGCAAAGAUAUGGUUGAAUUUGAGAAAUGUUUUGAUCAAAUAUUAAUGUAAUGUGUAUACUGUGUGUGAGAGUGAAA